UGUGUGAAGGAUUUAAUCCGCCGGCCGGUUUUCCACCUCGGUGCCGGCAGCGGGAUCGGACUUUAACGUCGAUGCUCGCGGCCUGGGCUGCGGAGGAUUCGGCGGCGGCUGUGCGUGUGUGUGAAGGGGCGGGUGAAAGGUCAGGAGGCGGGGCCGAGCGGGUAAUGGCGGCGGCGACGAGCUGACUGGAAUCUGCUGGCCGGGUGUCGGGGUCCGAGGCACCGCUCGCCGUCCGUGUGGGCCGAGAGAAGAGCUGGGUCCCAGGCCGAAUUCCCAAGUUUCCGAUGGCGUCCGUGGGCCUUAAACGGGAAGGGCCACAGUUUAUCAGUGAGCUAGCAGUUCGAGGGAACGCUGCCAUCCUGGACUAUUGCCGCACGUCUGUGUCUGCACUGUCGGGAGCUACGGCCGGGAUCCUGGGUCUGACGGCGCUGAUGGGUUUUGUCUUUUACUUCGUUGCUUCCUUCCUCCUGUCUGUGCUGUUGAUCGUGAAAGCCGGCCGUCAUUGGAGCAAGUACUUCAAGUCACGCCGCCCCCUCUUCACUGGGGGCCUGGUUGGCGGCCUCUUCACCUACAUCCUCUUCUGGACCUUCCUGUACGGCAUGGUGCACGUAUACUGAGUGCAGAGGGGGAGGGCAAGCCUCCCCCUCACAGGCAGCCGGGACUCUCUAACACCCUUGUUCAUCCGUCUUCACGAAUCUCAGUGUAAACCCAUCACAGGGUCACCAACCUCAUCGAUGCUUUCACAGUUUUGCACCAAAUCCCACUUUUGAUUUCUGUUAAAGUUUGCAUGGUUCCAGCCUGUAUGUUUUGAUAUGUUGUUCAAAAAUUUCAGUCCUGAGACAACUCUGGAAAAGUGACCGAGGGAUUUGAGAAUUUAUCAGCCAAGAUACUUGGAGCUUGUUCCUCGUUCCCCUAAGUGUCUGGAGGUGGAAGGAGGGGAGUCAGGAGUUUUCAGUCCUUUUACCGUUACUGUGAAAGAGGUUUGUCGGCUCAAAGGAGGGAGUUUCCUUGCACACUGUCCACUCCCCCCUUGCUGCCUUCACUUGCUGUUUAAAAAUUCAGAGGCAGACAGUAGCUUGAAGCAAUACUCUCUGCAACCCUCUGUUAACACAGCUCCUGCUGCUGGGGCUCUGAUACUUGGGGGGCAGAGUCGCCUCCCUGUAACUCCCCAGCAAAAGGGUCCUAUGUAGAUGGGUUAUAUUCUUUCCUUCGCUGAGGUGGAAGGUGGCAGUUUGUGCAGUGUGGGUCCUCCUCAAUGUGUGUGUGCCCAGCCAGCAGGGAUCCUACAGUAAGACUGAUGUGCUCCCAUAGAAACAAAUGUUCUUCAGGGGAAGGUGGUUUUGUUGAGGGAAGGUUACAGAGAUUUGUGAAAGAAUGCUGUGUGGAUGCACAGCUUGCCCCUCCUGUAUUCCACAGAAUGGGAGCUGGGAAGAUGAUGGUGGGGACACCAGUUGGUGAGUUGGGCAUCAAUUUCACUGCCACAGGCUGUCGUAUGCUUAAAAUCUGAAAAUCAAGGAUUUACAAUUAAACACGUUUGUCACUACUGACGGUAACUGGUUCAUUUUUAACAAGGCAGCUGUUUUAUGGGAACCAGUGGAUGCUUGAAUUUGUAAAUAACAUUGUCUUAAUUUGUGUUUGCAGGCAGAGAGCCUGCUCACAAGAAUAAACUACCAUUCACCUUAUUUAGUUUUGAUUUUUUAAAAAAAUCUGGCUAAAGCUUGCCUCCUGUGAAAGGUUUUGUGGAGAGUCUGCACUGCAUUGAUGGGUCAUCAUUUCGAUCUCUCACUGAACUCUAGUCAUCUGCUCCCUUUGCGUGAGGACUGUCAGGCUGGGGCUCUUUGACCAAGCACGCUUGUGCAGUCACUGGCUGUGGAUGACACUGGCUGUGCCAGCAUUCGAUGCCUAUCUCUAAUUGCCUCUGACCCACAGAGCCAGUAAUCUUGUGAUGCAGGUCAUUCAGCCCAUUGGGUCUAUGCCAGCUCCCAGGGAGGCAGUCCCAUUGCCCCCAUCUCCUUAUUCCCUGUACCCCUGCAACUUAUUCUUGCAAAUGACCAUCAACUUGCCUUUAGAGUUGAGCAUGUUGGUGUGUCCGAAGUUGCACUGACCAGACUGGCAGAUUUUCUUCACUGGUGGACAGUGAAUGAGCUGGGUUUUAAUGACAGUUUGGUAGCUUCAAGGCUAGUGUUAUUGCAAUGUUCUUUCAAACAAUUAUUUAAUUAUUUGAACUUUUGAGUUCCCAGCUGGCAAGAUGAGGUUUGUAUUGCCUUGGCCAGUGGUUCACAACUCCGGCUAUUUAAUUGAACUGGUACCAAAUGACCACCUUUCGACAGGCACACUGAUAUUGGUGUCACUAUGAAAGUCACAUUUUAAAAAUGUCCUAUUUAUUUCUGACAGAAACAGUUGUGUUAAUUCACCAGUUUGCAACUGUGGGUCAUGAUCUACAACAUUUGAGAUAUGUUGUCACAAGGAAUAGAAGUCUUUACUCGUCUUCUACCUGCAGUGUGCCCAAAUUUAAAAAAAAAGGUUGUGUACGUGUAAUUAGUUUCAAGAAGCUGGUGCUGCACUGUACCAGGUCCAGGCACUGGUCUGACAAAUGCAGAGAUGAAUAAAAGUUCCCACUGCUAUUUCAUUGGCGAGCAGGGCUGUUCUCCACAAUGGCCUGGCCAAUAUUUUACUACUAUAAUACCAAAGGAGGGCAUUUGACCCACACCAGCUCCCAUCAUCAAUCCUGUUUCCCCGUAACUUAUUCUCUGUACCAUGCCCAUCAAAUCCCUUUAGAUUCUUCUGCUACCCAGCUACACAAGGGAUAAUUUACAGUGGGAUGUAGGAAGAAACUGGAGCACCUGGGGAAACCCAUGCCAACUCCACACAGCACCAGAUGUCAGGACUGAACCCAGAUCACUGGAACUGUGAGGCAGCAGCACCAAUGUACCAAGUCUAUUCUUUACCAAGUCUAUUCUUUACCAACUAUUAGUUAAAAAAUAGAACUUGCUCAGAUCAUUAUCACAUAUCUUGCUUUUCAUAAAUUAGAACAGAGGUCAUACUGGCUGUAGAGCAGCAAGACAGACUGAGAUUGUGAACGGUGCAAUGUUUAUUCUGCAAACAAGCAGAAAUAUCAACAAUAAAUUGUUACAAAACAACUUUA